AUGAUAUAUAAUAUCAGUUGUUUAUUUAUUAUAAUUAAUUUUAUUAUAAAUUUUAUAUAUUAUACAUUUUUUUUAAAUCACUUAUAUUAAAUUUAUUUUAUAUUAUUUUAAGGAGAUUUAUAUUUUUUAAGCCUAUUUAAUAGCUUUCAAUUUUAGCUAGGAUAAUAAAUUUCUUCACAUAUAUUACAUGCAUUAUCUGUAGUUGCAUCUAUUUUAGCAUACCCUUAGUAGCCCCAAUUAACUCCUUCGGAAUUCUUAAUUGUGAAAGUUUUUCCAUCGUAAGCAGUAACUAAGACAUAUUGGUACUUUGUAUCUUAGCUUUUCUUCUUAGAACAAUAAUUAGUAGAGAUUAUAUCCUUGUCAAUAUCAUAUGAUAUAAAGUCUUCUAAGUUAGAAUAAUUUAUUUUAACAGCAACAGGUUAUUAGAAAAUUAGCCUUUUUAAGUUAUCGCAACCUGAUUAAACAGAAAAGCCAGUGAUGUUGAAAACAGACUCAGACUUAUUAUCGAUAGGGCAAAUUUAUUUCUAUGCAACGUAAUAUACAAGUGAAUAGUCAACAAUUCCAUAAUCUAAUGCAAAUUAGUAAGCAUCAACCAAACUUCCUCCAAAACAAUUAUCCUAUUUUGGAGUGCAAUCUAGAAUUUGUUAUUCAGAUAAAUUGUCUUAUGAGUAAUUUUAUGAGUACCUUUUCAAAACUUUUAAGUAUUCUGUUCUUGGUUUUUCUAGCAAGGAUUAAUGA